AACUGCCCUUCCUUUUCCCAAUAAAUUACGCCUCUAACCAAGCAAAUAAGAAGUAAAAGCUCCACCCUCAACCUCGAUACCAAUCCCAAGCGCCGAUCAGUCAAUCACCUAUCCGGCAUCAGCCAUGGCAGCCGCGGCGGACAUGGCUAAGCUAGCGGUCGUAGCUCUUCUCAUCACCGCAGCUGCAGCUGCUGAUACCACUACUCCACCGCCUUAUACCAACCACACCGUCGGGGGAGAUAACGGAUGGUUCUUCAAUCCCACUACCAACACCCCCGCCACCGAUUACACCAAAUGGGCCGCUACUCAGACCUUCAACCUCGGAGACUAUCUCAUUUUCAACACCAACUCAAAUCAGACGAUCAUCGAGACCUACAACCAGACGACGUACAAAAACUGCAAUAGCACCGAUGCAUUGGACAGCGACACGUUUAUCUACGGCGAAUCCAAUAGGAUCGGGGAGUCGUUCACGGUGGCCGUGCCGCUUGUGAAAGUGGGCAACACCUAUUAUUUCUCAGAUGCGGAAAAUGGUGUGCAAUGCCAAAAGGGAAUGGGGUUCGCGAUCGUGGUGGGUCAAGGGCGGGGCCUACCUCCCAGUCUCAACCAGCCGCCUCCUCCGCCCUACGCCGAGCCUCCGGUCGCCGAUUCUUCGCAAACUCCUCCUUCCACGGUUUCCACCGGCCAGCAAGAGAGGUUCUACAAUAGUGGGUUCAGGAUCAGGAACGGUGCUAACUUGCGCAUUGGGCUGUUGGUCAUUCUUUCCUUUGGGCUUUUGCUCGCCUGAUCAUCUUCACCAAAUACAUUUGAUUGAUUUCAUAGUUAUUAAUCGUUUUCCUUCAUUGUGAAGAAAACACAGAAAGAAUCAUUUCUUUUCUUCAGAUCAGGUUUCUGCAAUACUUGUUUGUUUUUCCUUUUCUUUUGCUAAUAUAAAACGCAUUUACAAUA